AUGCGGGGCCUGUCCGGAUGGAUGCUGCUGCUGGUGCUCGGCAGCUGGUUCCGUCUGCGAGCCAAGGGCGCCGUGCCGCUGGCUGGCUUUUAUCCCUUCGGGCCGGCGCAGGGAGACGCGGCCACCCCUCAGCAAGACGACGGCGGUUCUGGUCUCCAGCCCAUCGCCGUCAAGUUCCCCUUCUUCGGCGCGACUCACACGGCGCUCUACGUAAACAACAAUGGAAUCAUCUCCUUCUUGAAAGAGGUAUCUCAGUUCACCCCCGUGGCUUUCCCCAUUUCCAAUGACCGACGUGUUGUUGCUGCAUUCUGGGCUGAUGUUGAUAACCGGCGUUCAGGACAAGUGUAUUACCGGGAAACCACAGACCAAGCCAUUUUGGAGAAAGCCACUAAGGAUAUUGCACAGUAUUUCCCAGAAUUCCCAGAGUUCUCAGCCCAGUGGGUAUUCAUAGCAACUUGGAACAAGGUUACCUUCUUUGGAGGAAACUUAUUUUCUCCAGUAAAUACUUUCCAGAUAGCCCUCAUCACCGAUGGCCUGCUUUCCUUCACUAUCUUCAACUAUGAAUCAAUAACCUGGACCACUGGCAUGCAUGCCAGCAGUGGAGGAAAUUUAGCAGGUCUGGGAGGGAUAGCAGCCCAGGCAGGUUUCAAUGCUGGUGAUGGAAAACGGUAUUUUAACAUCCCCGGAUCCCGCACUGAUGACAUUGUCGACGUGGAGAUGACGACAAAUGUGGGUAUCCCCGGGCGCUGGGUAUUCAGAAUCGAUGAUGCCCAGGUGCAAGUGGGGGGCUGCAACAACACAACUUCAGUGUGUUUGACACUUCGUCCUUGCUUGAAUGGAGGAAAAUGUAUUGAGGACUGCAUCACAGGGAACCCUUCAUACACUUGUUCUUGUCUGGCUGGUUUCACUGGAAAACAAUGCCAAAUUGAUGUGGAUGAGUGUGCUUCCAAUCCAUGUCAUAAUAAAGCAUCUUGUAUCAGUGGCAUCAACAGCUUCAGCUGUUGGUGUCCACCGGGAUUUAAAGGAGCUACAUGUGAAAUUGAGGAGUCUCCCUGUAAAACCAAAGACUGCCAGAAUGGUGGGGAAUGCCUAAUAACAAACACAACUGCUGUCUGCCUUUGUCAGCCAGGUUAUACUGGAGAAGAUUGUGAAAUAGAAAUAAAUGAAUGUGAGUCGAGCCCAUGUCUGAAUGGUGGGCAAUGUAUGGAUCUUGUCAACAACUAUACUUGUUCCUGUGCAACACCUUUUACUGGACAGCAUUGUGAAAUAGAUCCUUCAAUCUGUGAGGGCAGGAACUGCAGGAAUCGGCAGAUGUGCAACUAUAUUCGCCCGGGGCGCUAUGUCUGCACAUGCUCACCAGGCUACUAUGGGAACAAUUGCCAAUAUGGUGGCCCUAGAAUGUCUAAUGCCUGUAGCUCCAAUCCAUGCCAGAAUGAUGGCACAUGUCUUGAAAGCAGUCAAGGUUAUGUUUGUGAAUGUGCAGAAGGAUACGCAGGCACUGACUGCAGAGAUAAAGUCUCAGAUGACUGUGAGUGUCGGAAUGGAGGAAAGUGCCUGGAUGGAAAUAUUACUGUUUGCCAUUGCCCACCUGGAUAUUUUGGGCUUCUCUGUGAAUUGGAAGUGACUACUACACCUUGCAAUAUGAACACCCAGUGCCCUGAUGGGGGUUAUUGUAUGGAGUAUGGUGGCAGUUACCUUUGUGUGUGCCAUACAGAUUAUGGCACUAAUCACACUGAGCCAACCUCUCCAUGUGACUCAGAGCCCUGCCUGAACGGUGGAUCUUGUGAUGCUCAUGAAGACUCCUACACCUGUGACUGUCCCCGAGGCUUCACUGGGAAAUAUUGUGAGAAAGCAAGACCCAAAUUGUGCAGCUCUGGACCCUGUCGCAAUGGAGGGACCUGUAAGGAAUCAGAUGGGGAAUACCACUGCACCUGUCCCUACCGCUUUAAAGGGAAACACUGUGAGAUAGGUAAACCUGAUCCUUGUACCUCAGGGCCUUGUCAUAAUGGGGGCACCUGUUUCCAUUAUAUUGGCAAGUAUAAAUGUGACUGCCUGCCUGGAUACACUGGACGGCACUGCGAAAUAGAAAUCGAUGAGUGCAGAUCUCAACCCUGUCUGAAUGGGGGGUUGUGCAAAGAUCAAAUUGCCCAUUACCUUUGCUUGUGUAAAACUGGCUAUACAGGAAACAACUGUGAGUUGGAAAUUAAUGAAUGUCAGUCUAGUCCAUGCAAAAAUGGUGGAGUCUGCAAAGACCAGCCAGGAUCAUUUAUUUGUCAUUGUUCUGAAGGCUUCGUUGGAACGCAGUGUGAAAUGGAAGUGGAUGCCUGUAAAUCAAAUCCAUGUCGGAAUCGAGGAAGUUGUGAAAGUCACAGUGGCUUUUACCUGUGUGUCUGUCCAGAGGGAUUCUUUGGCUAUCACUGUGAGUCAGUUAGUGAUCCCUGUUUCUUCAAUCCAUGUGGAAAUAGAGGCUACUGUCUACCAACUAAUGAAUCCCACAUCUGCACCUGCAAAGUGGGCUACACUGGCAGGAAUUGUGAAAAAGAGCUGCUGCCACCAAUGUCAUUAAAGGUGGAAAAAGUGGAGGAGAAUGCAUUGUCAAUCUCUUGGCGCCCGCCCAAGGACCAGGCUGCCAAGCAUAUGAUUGAUGGCUACGCCGUGACGUACGUAUCCUUCGACGGCUCUUACCGCUGGACUGAUUAUGUGGACCGAAGUCGUGCUGCCCACCAUUUGCGGGCACUAGCCUCCGGCAAAGCCUACAAUAUUUCUGUCUUUUCAGUCAAACGCAAAUCGAAUAACAAGAAUGAUAUCAGCAGGCCCAUCAUGCUCGUCACUCGUACUAGACCCCACCCAGUAGAAGGAUUUGAAAUAGCCAAUGUGACUUCCACAGCCAUUACUGUGCAAUGGGCUCUUCAUAAAGUCAAACAUGCCACAGUCAGCAAGGUGCGCCUGUCCAUACGGCAGCCAGACGAUGCAGAGGAUCAUGCUGUAGAAUUAAACAAUACUGUGACCAAAUACACAUUUUGGGACCUGCAACCAGGACAGAAGUAUCUUAUCCACAUGUGGACCUUGAGUGGCCUUAGUAAUGAAGAUAAUCCCACAGAGAGCUUUGCUACAUCUCCUUUUUAUGUCUGGACCCGACCUCUGUCUCCUAGAAACCUCACUGCAUCCAGAGUUGCAGCCACCUCUGUCCAGAUGACUUGGGAACAACCUCUUGUGGGCUCAGUGGAAGGUUACAUCAUCAAUGUCAGCACCAGCCAGAGUGUAAAGAGCCGCUAUGUCCCCAAUGGAAAGUUGUUUUCCUACACAGUGCGUGACCUGAACCCAGGUCAAAGGUAUCGCUUAUCUGUGAUGGCUGCUCAAAAUACUGAUCAAGGACAAGUGAUGAGUGAGCCUGCCCAUCUUUACAUUACAGCCUUGCAGAAAGAUGGCACCUCUGAAAGACGCUGGAGCCAAACUGGGCAUCCCCGGUUGUUGAGAAACAAAGUGCCCCUAGCUUUCCUACCAGAAUUUCAUGUGCUUGCUGAGCACUCUGUCCCCGAGGAACCCUCACUUACACCCAGAUUUACAGAACUAGUGGAUGGCAGAGGAAGGAUCACUACUAAAAUCAGCAACUCUCCAAGUCGAUCUGUUUCUGUGAAAACACAACCAGAAGCUCUCGUGAAAGUGGAAGAAAAUGUGGAGGAAUCAACUAGCCGGGCUAAACUAGCAGCGCAGCUGUCAGAACCUGAGAGUACCAAGAGAGAAAGUGAGAGGCAGAAUUGUUCCAUAAACUUCUGCAAAAAUGGUGGGACCUGUGUUGCUGGCUUAGUGUCCUACAAUUGUGACUGUAUUCCAGGAUUCAAAGGCAGAUUAUGUGAACUAGCUUGUAAAAAAGUGCCUCAGACUUGUACUCGGCUGUACUCUGAAACAAAAUCUUUUCCAGUCUGGGAAGAGGGUGUCUGCCAUUAUCUAUACAGGAGAGUCUACAAAGUGCAUCAGGACAUUUGUUAUAAAGAGAGUUGUGAGAGUACUGUAACAAAUAAGGCACUCAGCAGAAAACAAAUCAACAGGCAUUGAAACCCACAUGGUUAUUUGAUAAUGGCUGAUGGAAAACAGUCUCUCAUUUUAAGGUUGUGUCUUAAUCCUUAAAUGGAAGAGGAAGAUUCCCUCCAUUAAGUCUUCUACUGAUAAGUGCCAGAGUUGUUGUAUCAACAGAAUUCCUCACCGUGAUCCUACUUGCUUUUGGACUACCAAGGAACUGCUCUCAAGGAAUGCUGAAUAACAGUGAUCUGCUACAGAUUUUAAUUGCAAUGUGAAUAGAGAACAAAUCCAUUUAUUAAUUUACAAUCAAAAUACAAAUAUUUGGCAUGAAAUGGAGAAUUAUUACAUCAGUACCUGCAAUACUGAACUAUCUAGAUUAUCUUCGGCUCCACCUCAUCCCAAGGAUACAAUAGCUUCAUCAUGUCAACUGAUUUUUGUUUAAAGGGGGAGGGGGGAAACAGUUGGAACAAAAGACUUUCCAUCUUUUUUGUUCAAGAGAUGUUCACUAUAAAGCCCCUUGUCUUCAGCAAGAUUAUAAUAUCUCACUUUCAUUUCCAGCUUCUUUCCAUCAUAGGAUCUAAUUCCAUUAUAUAAAUUGAGUAAAAGUUCUUUUGCAAGCUUCCUGCAUAACAGUACUCAAGUUUAAUAGUAUUUGAGAUUUGGACAUAUAAUCUGAUUUAUGGACUUCCUUAAACCUGAGUCCUGGAAAAAAAAGUGUUCUCUUUAUAACCUAAAAACAAAUCUUAUUGCCUCAGAAAUUGAUCCUCAAUACUUAAAACCAUAUAAUGUUCCUUGGCAAAAUUAAGGUAAAGAAAAAUUAUCCAUUUUUUUCAGCCAACUCUCUCAAUUCAUUACUAUUGCUAACAAAUUAUUAGCACUUCAGAAGUUAGAAUAAGAAAAAAAUUGGCAGUAGCAGCAAUAGAGGACUGUCUUUUAGAAAAACCAAAAGAGUUUUAGUUGUUCAGCCUCCAGAUGCUGUUAAUGAAGGUUUCUAUGCUUUCAUAAAGAAUUUUACCAAAAAUCUUAAUGUUUAAUACGUAAAGUAUUUCCUUUGAUAUUCUUAAAAGACAAAAUUCUGAUGCCGAUGAUGGAAAAAGGCUUCCAUCCAUCUUCAGUGGUGUUUAUUUUGCAAAAUACGAUGACUAGCCUUCAAAAAGCCUAUUACCUAGCCUUUGUGAGUCGUAUGACUAGUUAAAACGAUAAGGUUGUGUUAAUAGACAUAUAUCGUAUUUUAUAAAGCAAUACAACCAGAAAGUCAUAGUUUUAAAUUACUAUUCUGGCAGGUAUUGGAUUAUUGCAGAAAAGGCAUACCCACUGCCUGCAACAUAAUUCAUGGCAUAUUUUAAGAGCUGUAAAUAUUGUUUAUUUAGCAUAGAGGAGCAUAUUGAAAAGGGGAUAUUUUUCUAAUUUGAAAGACAAUAGUCCUUGCUAUUGGCAGAAAUAGCACAAAGUGGUUCCAAAGUUCCUUCAUUCUUUUAAUAUUUUAACUAAUUUUUACUUGUUUUAUAACUUUUAAGGUGCCCAGAGUCACCAUGUAGGGGAGAUGGGUGGUAUAAGAAAUUAAUUAAUAAAUAAAAAUUUUAAAAUCCUAGAAGUCAUCAAUAGAUGCUUAGCCACAUUCCAACAUAAGUUAUUUAUGUGUGCUGUGAAUGAUACUAUCCAUUUGUGAUUAUUUUCCCUGAUGGGGGAUGGCACAACACUAAAGGGCCACAGAUUGUAUUAAAAAUGUAGAAUUACAAUUUUUAAAAACCCUGCUACAGUCAAUAUAGCCAGCAGAAAUACCUGCACAUUCAUUUACAUUACCUGGUUGAAUUGGUGUAUUGUUCCCUCUACUUCUGAUGUUUAGAUGUCUGCACAGGGCACUGUGCCCUACAGUAACACAACCUGCACACAAGAGAACCAGCACCAGGCUUAAGAGAAUUACUGUGUAAAAACUUAAGAUUGUGACAGAAUCUGAAAAAAAAUAAAUGAAAUGAAAACUGAACAUGGUCAGCAGAAAAUGUGUGUUGGGAAGACUACAUGAAGAGGAAGAAGGAAGUGAAAUCCUUGGUAUUUUGAACAACCACAUCAGCACUGCAAUUACACUACAUAAUUAGGCUUAUCAGAACCAUCUCAUCUUUUAACUAGAAUAUUAAAGUUUGCAAGAAUAAAGAGAAGGAAGAAGGGAUAGCGCCAAAAUAUUACAUUUUUCAAAAUCCAAAGUUAAGUUUUAAAAUAGUAUCUGCAGAAGACAAAGAGCAUGAAAGAUCUUUAUUGCUUGUUCCUUGUUUGUCAGACUGUUUUCCCCAGAGACUGUCUUAAGGCAGAAGAGGACCAUUAUCAAUCCAGUACUCUGUAGUCAGAUCAAGGCAUAUGUAAUGCACCAAUAAACUAAAAAAGGUUUAUUUUAUUAAAGUUACCUUGUUUUUUUUCCAUUUUAGACUAAAUAUAU